AUGUACGCAAUAGAAACAUGUUUGUUGGGAUUUUUAAUUUUUAUUUUGACAUUUUCUUAUUCAUUCAUAUUAAAUUACAUUGCGGAAAAACAGAUGAAAAAUUUAAAGUUUCGUUAUUUAAGUGCCGUUUUGAAGCAACCAGUAAACAAUAAGCAGUGUUAUGUCGAUGUUUUUUUAAAAUCUCACCAUCAUUUACAGAAUUUUUCAAAUAGUGUAGGUGAUAAUUUUGGAACAAUGAUUUUGAGUUUUUCUGUUUUUACAACUUCACUUGUGAUUGCUUUUUUAAAUCAUCACAUAUUAACAUCAAUGUUAAUUGUAUUAUUUGUUGUUUUAUCUGUUUUGUUAUUUUUUUCAGUUGUUAUAUUUAAAUAUUUGACAGAUUCAGAAAAAAAUCAUUAUAGAAUAGCUGAAAAUUUGGCUAGGGAUGUUUUUCUCAAUAUACAUUUGGUAAAAGCUUAUGAAGGAGAAACAAUUGAAAUUCGCCGUUUUGAUAAAUUACUUGUCACAUCACAAACAGCCGGAAUAAACACAUGGAUGUUUUUCGGUUUUGUCACCGGAUUACUUUAUAUUCUUUUAUAUACUAGCUACGCACUUACAUUCUGGCAAGGAUUAUCAAUGGCAUUAGAAUCAAAAAGUAGAAAUGAAACUCCUGAUAUAUUAAUCGUCGUUAAUUUUUGCAUGCAAAUAUGUUUUGUUAAUUUUCUUAAAAUUCCUAUUUUUUUUAUCAUAACACAACAAGCUACAAAAUCGUAUAAUGAGGUGAUUAUGCAUACAGUAAAAGAGGCAGACAUUGAGCAUAGUUUGAGAAAAGUAGAUAAUAAUGUUUUUGGUGAAAUAUUAUAUUCAUCAAUUUAUUUUACUUAUCCAGGAUCAGAAAAAACUACGUUAAAUAAUAUUAGUAUUAAAAUUCCUCCGUAUUCUUUGACUUGUCUCGUUGGAAAACCGAAAUGCGGGAAAUCGACAUUUUUAAAACUUCUCAUCAAACUUCAUCAGAUAAAAGAAGGUGCCAUUCGUUUGGGUAAAACAAAUAUAAAUGAUAUAAAUUCAACGUGGUUGAGAAAUCGUAUUGGUUACGUCCCACAAAAAACAGCUUUGUUCGGUGAAACUAUUCGGGAAGCAUUAAGAGGAGAAAAAGGACCGGAUGUUGAUAACGAAUUAAUGUACGUUUGCAGAAUGGUUAACGUUCAUUCGUACAUAACUUCACUUCAACAGGGAUACGAUUCAGUGAUAAAUCACGACAUGCCGGAUGAAAUAAAAGAAAAAUUAGCCAUUGCAAGGAUUUUAUUAAACGAUCCUGAUUUAUUAAUGUUGGACAAUUGCAUGAAUAACAUAAAUAUAUUCACUCAAAUGGCCAUAAUAACUGAUUUCUUAUCGCAAAAUAGAAAAACAGUAAUUGUUGUCACUAACAAAUUAGAUAUAAUUAAAUCAAGCGAUUUUAUUAUUCAUUUAAAAGAUGGAGAUUUGGAAGGUGGAACUUAUAAUAAAUUAUUAUCGGAAAGUUCUAAAUUUAGAUCUUUUAUCGAAAGGUCAGAAUCGGAUAAGAUAAUAAUAGAUUUCGAACCCGGAGUACCCGAUGUAAAAAAUUAUUUUUAUUCAAAUAAAAUAAAACAAGGACCUGAUUUUUCACGUGAUGAAAUGAUUCAAAAUGAAGUCGCAAUAACGAGAAUAUCAAAAAAUAACACGUAUUCAUCCACGUACGAUAAUGAAAAAGAGGAAAAAAUAAAACGUAAAGUUAACUGCUGGAAAGUUUUAACUCUCAAUCGAAAAGAAUUUCCUUAUUUGACGACGGCUGCCAUCGCGGCUACAAUUAUGGGUUUUUCACUUCCGGCCUAUGCAACCCUUUUCGGUGAAUCCUUGGGAGCCAUUGUUUUGAGUUCAAAAGAAGAAAUAGAAGAAAAUAUUAAUUUUUUUCCACAAAUGUUUCUAGUCGCGGGUUUGAUAUCCGGAAUAGCAAAAAUGGUCGAAGGAUACAUGAUAGCAGUUGCAUGUUCAAAAUUAACAAAAAGAUUAAGAAAACAAACAUUCGAAGCUUUGAUACAUCAGGAUAUGUCAUUUUUUGAUAAAGAGGAAAAUUAUUUGGGGGCACUUUUGACAUUAUUACGUCACGAUGCGAGAAUCAUACCAUUGGCAAGUAAUUUUAAUGCGGCGGGACCCGAAAUGGUACUCUCAAUUAAAGUUGGAGGAAUAAUUGUUAUAUCUACCCUCGUAUCUCUUUAUCAUUCAUGGAAAUUAGGUCUUGUCGUUUUGGGAUUUUCACCAUUUUUAUUUUACGGAUUAUAUUAUUUAUCACGUUUUCAAACCUCUGACGUUUUCGUAUCAAAAUAUAAAAAAGCAAAUAAAUUUGUUAAAACUCUAUUGAAACAUGCGGAAACUUUACAAAUAUUAAACAUGGUCGAUUAUUACAUGGCACAUUAUAAAAAAUUAUUCAAUUAUACGACUCCAUCUUGUUUCGAUAGUAGAAAAAUUCAAUCAUUAUUAUUUGGUUAUUCUCAAAGCAUACCUUAUUUUGCUUAUUCCGUUUGCAUGCUCUACGGUGGAAUUUUAUUACAAGACGAUGAAAUUUCUUUCACUGAUUUUUUUAAAGUUUUGGAGUCGUUAAUUUUGGGAACGCUUCUUUUGAGUCAAGUUUUAAUGAUAAUGCCUAAUCGUCGUCCAUGUUUAAGAUCAUGUGCCAAACUUUUAGAUCUUAUACCUUCAUCAUCUGCAAGAGCUCGGUCGCUAACAAAAAGUAGAUUCGAAUUAGGAAAUUAUGUUACCAUUGGAUAUGUUAAAAUGAAACACAUAAGUUUUGUACACGCGAGUAAUAAUUUAAUUCCACGUUUAUACGACAUUAAUAUACAAAUAAACGAAAGGCAAACAAUAAUUGCAUUAACUGGUUUUUUAAAUUCUGGUUCCACUUUACCCAUUAAAUUAUUAAAUCAAUUUUAUAAACCGACAUCGGGAAGUAUCAUGAUCGACGAAUUCGACAUCAGUAGAGAAUUCAGUUUGAAAACACUAAGAAGAAAUGUCGGAUUGGUUGAUGGUAAUGAUAAAUUUUUUAGAAGAACCGUUGCCAGAAACAUAUCGUACAGCGUGAAUAAUGCCAGAGACAUUAUUGAAACAUACGUUGGUAUGGAUGAUAUUGUUGCCGUUGCAAAAGAAGCCGAUAUACAUAAUUUUAUAAUAACGUUACCGGAGGGAUAUUACACGAUAAUGACCGAAGAAGUUUGUAAAAAAAUGACCCCGGGUCAAAUUUUAAGACUUUCUUUGGCUAGAGCUUUGUUAAGAGAUCCGAGACUUUUACUAAUAGAAAAUAUCGGAAUUGAAAUUGACGAAGAUGCACAAAUGCUUAUGGAAACGGCCAUAUUAAAAGCUUGUUUUUCUCGUACCGUCCUCCUAUCAUCGAGUUAUCUAUCCUCCGUAUCCAAUGUUGCGGAUUUUAUUUAUUUUUUCGAAAAUGGUUACAUUAAAGAAUUUGGAAAACAUCAAAAACUAAUGGAAAAACAAGGUUAA